AACAACAUAGGACUGAAACAAAGAUGGCUCUUAUCUCCCAGUUUUGACAUACUAAAAAGACGGUAGUUGAGAUGGAUCGUCGAUACUAUGCAGUUUGGAGUCCAUAGGGCUGAAAGUUGUGCAAAAAAAGAAAAAUACCCCGAAUGUACCGGGUACAUCCAGUAGCCAGAAGUGUGUUAACGCAAGAAGCUUUCUACGUUUACAAGAAUGUGAAUAUAAAUUUUUAAACCACUUCAGAAUAUGGUUCUAAAGCUUUGAUGGAUUACUCGCUCCCUUAGAAAUGCAUUACAGAGGGGCUUCACUUUGAAAACAGAUAAAAUGUAUCAGGAAGAAAAAAGUGACCGGGCAAUGCUGACUGCAGUGCAUCUAGGAGACAUUAAAGCACUGAAAGAACUGAUAUCAGAGGGUGCUGAUCCAAAUACGAAGGACUGCAAUGGCCAACCCAUCAUAUUACAUGCAGCAAAAAAUGUGGAAAUUCUCAGAUAUUUGUUGGAAGAUGUUCACGUUCCAAUAGAAGCCUGUGAUAAAUGGGGCUACACACCUCUUUUGAGAGCAUCAUCAAGUGGAAACCUAGAUGCUGUGAAGUACCUGGUCUCAGCUGGUGCCAACCUCUUGGCCAGAACUGCAAUGGGUGAGACAGCACUGCACCUUUCUGCUCGCACUGAGUCCGUGGAGACUUUCCAAAUCCUCCAGCAGUCUGGAAUUCCAAUGGAUGUAGUGGAUAUCCGAGGCAGAACUGUGCUUCACCAUGCAGCUCAGUUUUCAUGUCCAAACAUGGUGGAAUACAUCCUACAAGGAGGCUGGUGGCCUGUUGACUGCCAAGACAAGAAUGGACAGACACCACUGAUGUUGACGGCAGACUUCCCAAGAAGUGAGAAAGAUGGUGUCAUAUAUAUUCACUGGCUCAGUAUUUCAGAUGGAUAUGUAAACAAGGUUAUAAGGCUUCUUGUUGAUGCUGGGGCUGAUCUUUCAAUAAAGGAUGUGCUUGGAAGGACUGCACUUCACAGAACACUGGCAAAUAAGGAAAAUUUUAGAUUCUUGUGGGACAAAUGCCCAGAAUUCACACACUCAGUUGAUAAGAAGGGACAGACACCAGUACACAGAGGACUCUUAACCUUCCGCUAUCAUUAUGACAUGAGGUAUGUGGUACGGGAGUUGCUGGCAGCAGGUGCAGAUUACAAAUCACCUGAUGAAGAUGGGAAGACAGCCUUGAGUUUGGCAGCAGAGCAACAAUGUUAUGAUAUUGUGAAGUCAUUAGUGAAAGCAGGAGCUGAAACAUCAUGUUGUGGUAAAGACACAGUUACACAAAUUCUCCAUCUUGCUGUAUGGAAUGAUGAUUUUGAGUUAACUAACAAAGUAAUUGCUGAAGGAGCAGAUGUGAAUGGCAGAAAAGUUUGUUGGAGGUAUCCACCAUCAACAGAGAAAGGCCACACUGUAAGAUGUUUGGGAUGCUACACUGCAGCAGGUGGUGUAGUGCAUGAUGAGCUGUCAGGCCACUCCCCUCUUUUUAAGGCUCUUCAUUCUUUGAAGAUGGUCAGAUUGCUGAUUGAUGCUGGAGCAGAUGUGAAUUUCAAAGAUGACUUUGGCUGCACUCCACUUCACAGAGCCCUUGAACAUGGACAUUGUGAGGUCUUGGAAGUGCUGCUAGAUGCAGGUGGUGAUCCAAAUAUUGUAGAUGUCUGUGGAGUAUCCCUGCUCCAUACAGUAGCAUCAAGAUCUGUAGCAAACAAGGGAAUAAUACAGCUCACAAGAAAGAUGAUAGAAGCUGGAGCCAGAGUGGACAAGACUGACCAUAAUGGCAGAACACCACUACAUUAUGCGGCACAGGCAGGAAAUUAUAAGUAUGUGGAAGUGCUCAUCAAGGCUGGAGCUGAUGUUAAUGCUGUGGACAUGGAUGGUGCAACACCACUUCUGAUGCAAACUAGACGUAACUAUUAUGAGGUUACUGAAUUACUGGUUGCUGCUGGAGCUGAUUUAACAGCAAGUGAUAAAGAUGGUCAGAGACUCACACAUCGAGCAUCUCUAGCUGGGAGCACUACGGGCAUCGACAAUCUUAUAGAUAUUUGGCCUUCAACAUGGGGCUGUGACCACCAUGGGAACACUAUUCUACACUUUGCAACCAGAUGUGGCCAAAAUAGACUUAAGUGUAUAGAGCACAUCGUGAUGCGGAAACUGGUAUCUGUAGAUGAGAGAAAUAUGGAAGGACAGACAGCACUUGCAACACUUUUGCAGCACAGUUCACACUGGGGCUCUGCACAGCGUGAAGUAGAGAUCUUGCUGGGAGCAGGAGCAAAUCCCACUGCUAAGGACAACAAAGGGAAUACACCUUUACACAUUGCAUCCAGUGUUGGCAAUGUGGAGGUAAUGGAGCUCUUGAUCAAGGCUGGAAUAGGCUUUACUCUGAAGGACGUCACAGGUCAAACAUCCUUUGACUGGACACCCAGUGCAGAAGGUGUGGACCAUCCACAACAUCUAACAAACCAGAAAAAAGUGGAAAUUAUUAAUGGAAAGAACAAUGAAGGUCAAACACCACUAAUGCUUGCAGCAGGCAAGGAUGUAGUCAGCUUACUCCUCAGGGAAGGAGCAAGUAUUAGUGUGGAAGAUCACAAUGGGAGGACACCUUUGCAAGCAGCUAUUGAGCGUGGCAGUCAUCGUGUAGUAAGAUUGCUAUGGGCUGCAGGAAGCAACUUUCUGGAUAUCCCACAGGAGUGUCACAUCAGAGCAGCUCAUUUAGCUGUAAAAUCAGCAGAUUUUGAGGUGUUGGAACAUUUGAUUUCUUUGGGAAUGUCCUUAUCAGACUGCUGGUGGGAUCCUGACCAUAAGACGACAUUGCUUCAUUGUGCAGCAGAAUGUGGUGUGGAAAUGCUGAAGUAUCUCAUAAACCGUGGUCAUACAGAACAUGUUCCAGAUUACAAAGGGCACACCCCAUUACACUGUGCCGUUCUGUCAUCAAAUUACAUAGGAGCAAAGUAUUUGCUUGAUGAAGCACAUGUCCCAGUUGAUGCCAGGGAUUUUGAUGGAAACACAGCUUUAAUGCUGGCAGCCAGCAAGGAUCUGUAUUACAGUGAAAGGUUUGAUAUGUUUGAGAUUCUGGUGAAUGCCGGGGCAGACAUUAAUAUUAAAGACAGAAAUGGUAAGGCUAUAUACCAGUUGGUAGAGAGUGCUUGGGCCGAUGAGACGAAAGAACUACUGGAUUACAUGCAAUAUCGACUUUAAUUUUAACAGGUGUACCACUUAAAACUGGUACACCUCAUGCCCAAGAUUAAAGUAAUGAUGAACUAACUAAAAAAAGAAUAGGUAACAGUAAUGUUAAAAAUAUGUAGUUAUCUAUUUAUAAGAGAUGGUUGAAGUGGUUGCCAUGGACAUCCAGGCCACUUCACACAAGCAGUUCGCCUAGAGACGAUUAAGUGGUACAUGAGGUGUACUAGUUUUAUGUGAGACACCCCUUACAUGGACCAGUGGAAAGCCCUGAAUGUUAACAUAAUCAACAAAUGAAGCUGUGGGAUAAUGUAUUUGGGGUACUUAUCUACAUAAAAUUUAUUUUUGUAUGUUUCAUUAUUUUUUGAAUAAGGUUCUAAAAACCAUUUGAAACACUUUCAGCUUGAGAUAUUUUAAGAAUAUAUAGAUAUUUAUAAACGUUUUCUUAUGCACUAAUUUUGUAAGAAAUACAAGGAGAGAAAAAGAAGCUGCCAAAAGAAGCCUACAUAAUUGUGGAAUUGAGCAUAUGAACAGGUUGUCAGUGUAAGUUUGUUCUAAGAAAAAUUGCACAAAUAAAAUUUACUUAUUUCUUUAAUUCUUGAAACUUUCUGGCAGAUUAAAACUGGUUCUCAAAUCUGUGAUUGUAUCUUUUGUGGCAAAGUGCUGUAACUGGGUGAGGUAUCCAAGCAUGAAUGUGCUCCCAUGACCGCAUUCAAAUGGAUAUGUGUGUCAGUGUCAAAAAAACUUACUGAAAGGAAACAAACAGUAUAAUAAUGUAUGUUACUAUGAAAUGACAGAAAAAAGUAACAAUUGAAGCACUAAUAUUAGUAAAAUGUAGCAUAAGUAUUUACUUACUUGUGCAGGUCAUAAUACAUCUACAUCUACCCUCUGCAAACCACUGUAAAAUGCAUGGCAGAAGGUACAUCUGAUUGUACCAGUUAUUAGGAUUUUUUCUCAUUCCGUUCACAUAUAGAGUACAGGAAGAAUGAUUGAUUGAAUGCCUCUGUGCAUGCAGUACUUAUUCACAUUUUAUCCUCACAAUUCCUAUUUGAGUGAUACGUAGGAGGUUGUAGUGGAUUCCUUAAAGUCAUCAUUUAAAGCUGGUUCUUGAAAAUUUGUUAGUAGUUUUUCUCGAAACAGUUUAUGUCUAUUUUCAAGACACUGCUAAUUCAGUUUCAUCAGAAUCUCUGUGACACUCUCCCGUGGAUCAGACAAACCAAUUAACUACUCAUGCUGCCCUUCUAUGUAUACAUUCAAUCUUCCCUGUUAAUCGUAUUUGGUACAGGUCUCACACAGUUGAGUAAUAUUCUAGAACCAGUCACACAAGUGAUUUGUAACCAAUCUCCUUUGUAGAGUGAUUGCACUACCCCAGUAUUCUAUCAAUAAACUGAAGACUGCUACCUGCUUUAUGCACAACUGAGCUGAUGUGAUCAUUCUGUUUAAUAUCCCUACACAGUGUUACACCAAAGUAUUAGUAUGAGUUGGCUGAUGGCAACAGUGAUUCAUUGAUAUUGCAGUCAUAGGAUACUACACUUUUUUGUUUUAGAAGUGCGCAAUUUUACAUUGCUGAACUUUUAAACCAAGUUGCCAAUCUCUGCACCAGUUUGGAAUCUAAUCAAGAUUUGAUUGAAUAUUUAUGCAGCUUCUUUCAGAGAGUGCUUCAUGAUAGAUAACUGCAUCAUCUGUGAAAAGUCUGCGGUUACUAUUAAUAUUGUGUGUAAGGUAAUUAAUAUACAACAUGAACAGCAAGAGCCCUAACACACUUCUCUGGGACACACCUGAAGUUUUAUGUACAUCUGACGACAACUCUCCAUCCAAGAUACCAUGCUGUGUCCUCAAUGCAGUUGAAAGUUUCACUUGAUAUACCAUAUGAUUGUACUUUUGACAAUAAGCUAGGUGUGGCACUGAGUCAAAUGGUUUUUUGAAAUCAAGUAAUACUGCAUCUACCUGACUGUCUUGAUCUAGAGCUUUCAGUAUGUCAUGUGAGAAAAGUGCUUUCAGUAUGUCAUGUGAGAAAAGUGUAAGUUGGGUUUCACGUGAUAGAUGUUUUUGGAACCCUUGCUGGUUGGUUUUAAGGAGAUCAUUCUGUACAAGGUAUCUCACUAGCUUAGAUUAUGUUCUAAGAUUCUACAAGAAAUUGAUGAUAUUGGAUGGUAAUUUUGUGGAUAACUUCUACUAUCCUUCUUAUUGAUGGAUGUGACCUGCAAUAUUUUCCAGGAACUGGGUGCAGUUUUUUGUUUGAGGUGCCUACAAUAGAUUACAGUUAAAUGAGGGGCUAACUCACUGAAAAUUCAGGUUGAAUCUGACAGGUAUCACAUUGAGCCCUGGAGGUUUGUUCAGAUUUAAUGAUAUCAGCUGUUUUUCAACACCACUGACACUAAUACUAAUUUCAUUCAUCUCUUCAGUGGUAUGAGAAUUAAACUGGAACAAUUCUCCUUGGUUUUACUCUGUAAAGGAACAUUUGAAAAUGGAGUUAAACGUUUCAGCUUUUGAUUUGCUACCCUCAGUUUCAGUCUCUGUCUUUUUCACUAGGGACUGGGCACAAAAACCGUUACAUACAACCAGAAUUUCUUUGGGUUUUAUUAAAUAUCAUGUGACAGUUGAAGGGAUCAUGUAUUGCUUUCCUAACAGUCAAAUUUGUUUCAUUCAGCAUCUCCCUAUCUAUAAACAUGGUGACCUUCACCAAUUUCAGGAAUGCAUAAAACUCAGUUGAUUGAACCACUGUAUUAUAAAAUUUGUGAAUAGUUUGAUAUAAAUCUUUCUUCUUUUUACUUCAUCAUCCCUCUGCCCCUCCCCCCCCCCCCCCUCCCCCUUUUUUCCAUGGGAUGGAAUUUAUGUGCCUCAACUCUCUGUGUCUUGUGUUGUCCUUGUGAAAGUGGUGCAAGUGAUUUCUAUAUCUUUGAUUGAUUGCCAAAAAACAAAACAUUUACAGGGAUGUAAAGCUUGUAUAAGCAAUGUCAAUAAAUGUACAAAGAACAAUGACAAUAAAUACACAAAUAAUUAAUGUACGUUAGAAAUUAUGCUCACAGAAAUCUUCCAUUGUAUAAAAACAAUUUUGAAGUAAUAAAGUUCUUACAAAUAUCUUAAA